UUUCAAUAGAUUUCUAAUGGAUCACGUCUGCUGAAUAGUGAUUGUAUAGAAAAUGGGUAUUGACGUGAAGGAGACCGGUGCAACAUUAUGGAAAGUUCUUGGAUUCUCAAUGAACACAAGCAUCAAAUUCAUGAGAAAUCACCCGGUCUUGUCAGGGGUUUCCAUGUUUUUACUUGCACUAUACGUCAUCCUUCCUUCAUUGUUCUUCUUCCUGAUAUACUCCUCGCCGGUUCUUGCUUGUGGUGUAGUAUAUGCCCGAGAAAAGAUGGGAUUGAGUUUUCCAUCUUCAGGAUCAAAGAGUUGUGGAGGAGAAAAGGAUGGUGUUAGAUGUCACUUAAGACAACAAAGAAGUGUUAGACGAAACGCUAGAAUGCAAGUUGAAGAAUGGGACUCACAAACAAGCGAGGAAGAGAAGGACAAAGUUAUCUUGACCUCUCUUUACAAUGACCUUCUCGGUCGUAAACCACAUUUCGAGGAGUCUCCUAAAGCAAUAGAAACAGAAGUUGUAGAAGACAAUGAGAAGUCUGUUGGUGAGGAAGAUUCGCAAAUGUCUUAUGUUAACGUUGAAGAACCAAUGGUUUGCAAUAAGAUCAAAGAAGAGAAAGAAGAGAUGAGGGAGGAGAUGAGCAAUGCUAAUGAACAUUGGGUUUCAGAGAUUGAUAGAGAUAGGAGACUAGAGAGUCUAGUAGCAAGAAGAAGAACAAAACGUCUCUUCAAACUAGCUCUUCAUCAACAUAAUAAGCUUCAAGCUGAGGAAACAGCUAGCCCUACACAUAACAACAACCUUCGUAUUAACAUUCCUGGGAAAAAUAACAACAACCCUUUUGAAAAACGUCGAAACUACUAUCCAUCAGAUGAUGAUAGUACUGUUAUGGGAUUACAAGUUCCCUCCUCAGCACCUUCCGUGAUGUUACAAGCUAGAAACCCUUUUGACAUUCCUUAUGACCCUCAAGAGGAAAGACCUAUUCUUAGUGGAGAUAGCUUUGAUCAAGAGUUUUCAUUUUUAGACCAUAAAGAUAUGUUCUUUUCUCGUCAUGAGAGUUUCUCUCGCUUUGGUGAUCUUUUGUCUCCAGAACAUGCUCAGUGUAUGGACAGUCCAGCUUCUACUUCAGACAUCUCAACAACUAGGAAACGUUUAGAUUUGGAGAAUGAAUAUGAACAAAAUACAAUAGAAGAUGACAAUAAAUGUGUUGAGAGUGGAAAGCUAGAAGUGAAUAAUGAGACAGAUUCAAACAAUGAAGAUGAUGAUGAUGAUUCAAGCUGUUCAGAAGAAAGUGAGUCAGAACACAACCGUUUCAACAAAGCAGAACUCAGAGAAGCUAUUAGCCACACCAUGGAUAACUAUCCUAGUUUUCUUGUGAAUCAAGCAAGAAAUAACAUCCCAAGCCCGUUACCUAGAGGCUUAGCACCGCCAAAAAUUGAUGAUAACAAUAUGUUUUAUGCUCGUAGACGCGAACAUUCGCAUAGUAGAACAUUCUCCAUGGCCUCAGAUAUGCAAGUUGAGGUUUCAGAGAUUGGUUCACCUCCUACUACGGUUGAUUGGCUUGAUGAAUGGUCUAAUGACGGGGAGUCCUAUAUUUAUGAUACUGAUAUUGAUAGAGAAGUCAUACGCCGUGAAGAAUCAUGCAAGAGUGUCUCUAGCCAAUGUCAAUCAAAAGAGGAUAAUAGUUGGCUAGAGACUAAACCAGUGGCAGAACACCUAAGAAUGGCUGAUGAUAUGUAUACAAGAAGUCAAGCUGAAGAGGAUUUUGACCAGAAAUUUUCUAGUUUGAGUGAUGUUUCUAAGCCAACAAGAGGUUUGUUGUUCCAUACAAGCGUGUCAUUGUCGUCUAUAACAGAAGAACCUGAAACAAUAUUUGACUCGGUUGAUGGGGGAACCUCAGAGAAUAUGAACAUCUUGACUACAAAUUUAGUUGACCAAAUAUCUCCAGAUUCAUCCACGAUGAAGUUUCUUGAUGAGGAAGUUAUUGAUGUGCAACCAUUAGAAAAUAAUGAUCUUUGUGGAUCUCCUAAUAUUAUGGAUUCAGAUAUCAUUCAUCACCAGCAGAAAGACCAAAUAUUGAAUAGUAUUCAAGGAGAGUAUGAUACAAAUCAGAUCCAUAUGAAGAAUGAGAACACAAACCGAAAGGAAUAUGAGGCAGCUCAGAGCUUAUUGGAUGCUUCUUUGGACAUUCCGUAUAUAGAAUCAUUUGAAAGAGAGAAGAAUGAAAAAGAAGAAGAAGAAGAACCAGAGUUAAAUGAUUUUAGGAAAGAGGUAACAAUACAAGCAGAAAAUAAGGCACUUCAAGGUGACUUGAAGAGUUCUCCAUCCCAUGUUCUUACAAAACUACUAGAAAGUGAGGCCACGGUAGAGAACGGUCUGGAAUUAGGUAAAAGUACUGAUGUGUAUGCAAAGCCAAUUGAGCUAGAGAAAACACAUGACGACGUCUUGGAAGCAUCUUCGAGCCAUUCUUCACAAUUACUUGAGAACUACGGAGAUGCAGAAAAUGGUAGUGAUUUGUUUCUUCUACAAGUUCAAGACUCUAAUAACUCAGCAUUGGAUGAGUCAAGUGAACAUCCACUCUCUAAUGAAGUAGAAAGUUCACGAUUAUCGAAAGAUAUUUGUGGUGAAUCAGCCCAAGUUUUCAACAAUAUAACGAAUGUUGAGGAAGAAUCAACAGUUUCAGAAGGGACUCAUAACUCACAAGGUUCAAAACCAUGGACUCAACAGCACUGUACUGAUUCUUUCGAAAGAAUAUCAGCAAGAACAUUAGAGAUCACCCAACAAGCAGAGCAUGAUGCUAUUUAUCCAAACAAAGUCUCUCAAGAUAUUACUGAAGAUAUAUUUGCUGCAUCAGCCAAGGACUCAACUGCUAAUAAGAAGAAUGACGAAGAGAAACUAAAACCUGAUGAGCAAGUUAUAGAACAAGCUGUGGAAAAGGAAUUAGAGCUUGAUUUACAAUCAAUGCACCAUAACACUGGUUUAGUCUCUAAAGAAGACGAUGAAGAAUCCAAGAAAGUGAAUGGGGGCAGUGCACAAGGCCGAGACCACGACAACAAAGACAGAAACAGAGACUUAGGUUAGUCACGUAAUUCAUAUUCGACAUAGUUAUGAGGGACAAAUAGGUUCAUAUUCAUUUUUAUAACCAAAUGUUUAUUAUUUUGCGGAAGACACACAGAUCAGAUAAUUUUUUUUAUAUAUGUUUAUUACUAUUUUGUUAGCUUCUGUUAUUAUCAAUGAAAAACGCAGGGCAAUUAUGUAUUAUAUGAUUAAAAUAUCUGUUGAAAGAUUAGUUGAAAUAAACUAAGUUGGAUAUCAUUUUUUAAAAGUACAUUUAAUCAAAAAUACUUACCAUUUGAGUUUAGUGAUUAUUGUUUAAGAUUUUGUAUCUAAGGUGUGGGGUUGGGUUUAUAAUAUUUUAUAAAUAAUUUAUAAAUAUUUACAAAUAAUUUAAGAGGAUUAAUAUUAUCUUUUUCAUAAUAAAUUUAAGGUAUUUUGAAAAUGGUUAUCAUUUAAAGGUAAAUAUCAAAUUUGAGGUAAAGUUACAGAAUCCCUAGUAGUUAUUUAUAGCAAAACAAUGCACUGAACCGUAGAUAGAAUUGAACCCAAACAAUGAACAAAAUAAAUUAGUAAGGAUAUAUAUCUUUGGUCAUGCAGAGAUACAAAACUGGAUAACAAAUUAUUGUCAAUAGAUUGAUUGCAUUGUUCUCAAACAUUUGUUAUAACUUCAAGUGGUUAUUCAAUGCAUAGUUUGGUUGAUUGAGACAAACAAUAUUGAAAAAUACCAUAAUGCAUGAUGCAUAAGUUAUUCAAUAAUUAAACGACAACAUUUGAAUACUAGAGAUGACCAAUUAAGUUUGUGUCUUUUUGAAC